UGCGAUGAAAAUUCGAUUUCCGCUCGUUACUGUACAAAGCUGGCGCUUCUUCCAUCUUUGAUAGCUUGCCGACCACAGCCAAGAAGAUCGGAUCGAUUGUCGCGAGUGAUUUUCGUGAAUAAAAUAAAAAAAAAUUUCUCAUACUAUAAUUGACUGUGUGCGGUGUUACUUUCAAUAACAUGGUUUUUAUUGAUAAACGCUCAGGCUUUCAAAAAUUGAAGAGCUUAAAACAAAAUGUCAAUUGGGAAAUCGAAAUCGAGCGAAGAGAUCUUCUGGACAAACUUUAUUCAUUGUUCACCCGUUGGCAGGGUUGUCAAUUGCCCAAUCUUCUGGACAUUUUUUUGCCCAAAAACAUUGAUUUGAUUCUCACAGAUUCCGUUCAGUACAUGUGGAAUGGAUAUGAAGGUAUAGAAAUUAUAAGGUUCGUGGCUCAGACCGGCUACAAAGACAGGCCCAAAGUUGAACAAGAUGGCAAUCCAUCGUCGCGUCGCACCACAGCAGUGCAUCGUGCAUUCACGACCAGAUACGAAAUCGUCAGUUUGCUCUUUAAGAUUUACGAUAAUUUUGACGUGAAUUACACCGACGAUUCUGGCCUCACGCAUUUCCAUGUGGCCUGCAAGUUUGGCUGCGAAGAUGUCGUUGAAAAAUUCCUCGAGCGAGGCCAGGAUCCCAAUUGCCUCGUGCCAUAUACAGGUAAUACGCCUCUCAUCUAUGCCGUGAGCUGGGGCCGUGAACAAAUUGCCCGAUUGCUGCUGAAACAUGGUGGCAAUCCGAAUAUAGCCAACAAGGAUGGAUCAACACCUUUACACGUUAUUUGCGAGCGCAUUGUAAAAGAUGAUGAUUUUAUGGAAAUUUUCUUCGAGAUCAUCAAAGGCGUCAAUCAUACGGUGCAGGUAGACGCCCGGAACAGGUACGGCGACGCACCAUUGCACUUGGCUGUUCGCGAAAGCAACGCGAAGGCGAUUGAAUCGCUACUGAGAAACGGCGCCGAUCCGAGCUUAGCUCUUCAUUUAAUUUGCUUGAGACGCGACAACGACGACUUGGUGAGGCUAUUCUUCCGGAUCAGCGAUGAAGUCGAUAAGCCGUUGCAGCUCAACGCCUUGGACAAGUUGGGUCGGACACCACUACAUAUCGCUGUGGCCGAUGGCUGUAAAAAACAGAUCGUCCGAGAGCUGCUUGCAAGAGGCGCCGACCCUAAUACGGCUGACAAGGAAGGAUCGACACCUUUGCACUGUACUUGCAAGAAAGGCCGCGGCGAUGCCACGGCGGAGAUAUUCCUCGAGAUCACCGACGAAUUCACACAGGCGGUUCAGAUCGACGCGCAGGACGGGUUUGGUAAUACACCGUUGCACUUGGCUCUGAAGUACAGUCGCAUGGAUGUGGCCUGGAUGCUGCUAGGAAGAGGCGCCAGUUCGGCUUCGGUUAACCAGAUGAGAGCUACACCUUUGCACAUUAUUUGCGAGUCAUUCUAUCUCAACAGAAAUUACCGUGCCGAGCAACUCGAGAUUGUCCAAGAACUGAUGAGAAGAGACGCCAAUUGGUAUUCGGCCAACACCGAGGGAUCGACUCCCCUGCACGUUGUUUGCAAUAGAUGCUCAGACUAUGAUGACUUAGCGUCUACAUUGUUACGCGAGAUUAGCGACCGCCAUCCGCCAGUACAUCAGUCAGUAAUAAUUAAUAAUCAAGACAAUGAAGGUAAUUCACCGCUGCACUUGGCUCUGUCUCGUGGCCACGCAAAUCUUGCCGUAUCUCUGCUGACAAGUGGCGCCAACCCGAAUCUGGCUAACGAUUCGGGUCGGACGCCUCUGCACGUCGUUUGCAAUAGACCAGACCGCGAUUUGGCGAGGAUAUUUUUGAACGCGAGCGAAGCAGUCAAUCCAGCGCUGCAGGUCAAUGUCCAAGACCGGUUGGGUAACACACCGUUACACUUAGCUGCGGAGUGCGGCAAUGCGAGAGCGAUUGAAACGCUGCUGAUAAGAGGCGCAAGACCGAAUUUAGCCAAUCGGCAUGGGUUGACAACUUUGCACGUCAUUUGCAAGAGAGACCACGACGAUGAAACCUUGUUGAUGAAAUUCGUCCAGGAAAUCAUCAAGAAUGAACGUGGACCGGUGCAGAUCGACGCCAGGGACAAUUUGGGCGAAACACCGCUGCACGUGGCUGUGUCUCUUGGCCAUAAAAAACUAAUCAACUUGCUACUGAGAUACGGCGCCGAUCCGAAUUCAACCAACGUUGUAGGAUCGACACCUUUGCACAUUAUUUGUAAAAGACAGCACGACUAUGAUGACGUAAUAGAAGUAUUUUUCAACGUCAACAAAUACCGUAAUCAACUCGUGCUGGUCGACACCGUGGACAACUUGGGCCGGACACCACUGCAAUGGGCCGUGGCGAAUCUUUUUCCGCACGCGGUCCAUGAACUUUUGAUUCGAGGGGCUGAUCUGUCUAUCUUCGUUUUUCCCGACGAGAGUUACUUUGCUGAAAGAUUAGAGUCGCGGUACAAUGGAAUUUCGCCAAAUUUCAAAUUAAAACUAGCGGCUUCCGCUCUGAUUAUCGUUGAACUUCUCGAGAAGAAAGGAUACGAGCUGGACCGAAGCGAUGCCCUAACGAUCAUGCGAUUUUUCGCUAAACUCGAAAUGUCCGAGUUGUUCGCUGAUCUUGACGAACGUUGGUAUGACAAUGAAGAGUUUACGGAAUGGGCGAAAAAUUUGAAGAUGGGUGAGAAUCCGUCGCUCUACGAUUUGAUUCGGUUGCGACCCAAGGAGGCGGCAAAGCAAUUUUGGAACUAUUACAAUUUAGCACAACGGGGUUUAUUGCAACGCUGUCCUCGAGGACAAAGACAAGCGUGCCUUGUCCAUCUGUACGAAAUAAUGUCGAGAAAAUUUUUUCAAGAUUGGGCUAUGGAUUGUUUCUCGGAGCUGAUAAACUAUCGUUUUCCGGUUCCCUGCUGUGAAAUGAUCAUCGAGGAGCUAACGAACAAAGAUUUAUACAAUAUAUGCUUGGCCGCUACAACGUAGAGCUACGUCGAUCAGCGUAAUUGCAGUAUUAUUUUAGGUAUAGAGUAAUCUAAUUUUGUAUAAACUACAUAUUUAAAUAAAUAUGUACUCUCUAAUUAUGUAUAAAUUACAUAUUUAUAUAAAUUUUUCUU